AUGGUUAAGGAGGUUGUACAGCAGAUCUUCUGGUCAAUGCUCCUCAACGCUACCGUUCAAGAUAGAGGCUCUCUGAGUUCGGUGACUUCUCUAGAGGCAUCUCCCAAGGCAACUCAACCAACACUAAAACAGGCCGCGCAACCAUGCUCUUGGCCGUACUCAGCGUUCCAAAGCACUCCUGUUGGAAGCGCUGAUAUUAUAAACCUGACUAACAAGCCGCACCGUCAGCCCCUACCUUCCAAGGCCCUGUCGCACUCCUCUAUGUCCGAGCCCUCUGCAAACCCAAGAGAUGUCCAUAUCGCCCUUGAUGCCAACAACGCGACGCAAAUCUGGGUGCUAGCGGCGAGACUCAAAGGUCUCGGCGAUCUCCCGCAAGACUGUUCAAUACGCUUCGUUGGCCACCAGUACUGCGUGAAGAGCAGCCUGUGCACCCAGUCGAGAACUAGUCGAAAGGUCACGUGGUCGCUUAAGGGAUCCGGCAACGAACGACGCCACGGAGUCCUAGCAUUGAACCGGAAUAAAGACCUCGAUUUCGAAGCGGUGUGGGCUCAGCACACAUAUUCGAUGCGAUGGAUUAUAUUGAGCCUUGCAGCUUCUCAAGUUGCUGGAUUCAUAUUUGAUACUAUCGAGAAACGGACAAGACACAGUAGCUAUGAGGUACAUCAAGGGAUCGACAUGUUUGUGAAACAGGACAGCAUGAUAGGAGAAGUUUGGACCUCACAGAGCGAGUCCACCCCGGCUGAGAGCAGCCGGCAUGCCACUAACUCGUUUACAGCAAAAUCUGAACACGUGGGUAAUGGGGAUUUCCUUCGGGCGACGGCACAUGUCUCGAAAGAGGCUAGAUUAGCCACGCCGAUUCGUAUCCCUUUUCUCUUCGUAGUACAUUUUGAUUUAUCCUGA